CAGAUGGUAUGGCUCAUCAGUUCCCCACGUAGCUGGCUGAGAUCCACUAUAUCUUUGGGACCACAGGGCCUCAGACUCCCACUUAGGUCUCCUGCUAACCACACUCCUGCCUUGAUCUGUAGCCCAAUAAAGGCUGGGCCAUAGGCAGCAAGACUCAGUGUGCUUGAUUCCUCUUCUCUUGUGUUCUCCCCAGUGGCCCCCUGCCCCCCUCUAGAGCCCUGUGGCCAUGACACAGCUGCUUCUGCUUUUUGUGGCUCUCCUGGUCCUGGUUCAUGUGCCGCCAGGGAGAAGUGAAUUCAAACGGUGCCGGAGGGGCCACGGGGCCUGCCGGCCUUACUGCACGAAGUACGAAACCUACAUGCACCUGUGCCCGGAUGCCUCCCUGUGCUGUCUCCCCUAUGGACUUAAGCCUCUGGCCUCCGAGCCUGAAAAUGUUUAGAUGGUUCUGGGGCUGACGUCCUUGCUCUCCAAUAAAGCACAAGCUG